GGUAAAGCAGAACCUUUAGAAAACUCCUUUAAUCUCCAAAUAUGUCUCCUCAAAUUCCUCCUCUUCUCUGAUACGCAUUACAAGGAUCAUCAUAUUUACAGUCUUUGUCGGAUUUUUAUUAGAAUUUAUUAUUGAUCUUUUAAUGAUGUUGUAAAGAAGAAUGUGAGAGUUUUGGGUGCUGAAGAGAUUGAAAAAUGGAUGGUUGCACUGUAGGAGAUGAAGAAACAGUUUCAAAAAGAGACGAGGAAGAAAUUUGUGCUUGUUCCAGUGGUCAAGCGCAGCAUAGGCGCACUAAGAGUGCUUCAGACAUGAACUUGGAUGUCACAGGACAUGGAGUUCCAAAUUCCAUGGGAAGAGACUUGGAUGUAUCACACUCUAUCACCAGAAUUUACAGGGCACGAAGUCCUCUCCAUCAGAGUGCAAGUGAUACUAAGACCAAAACCUCAUCAAGCCAUCAAGCUUCCUUGGUGAAAGAUAUUGAACAGCUACAACUGCGUUUGCAGCAAGAGAAGUCUAUGCGAAUUAUGCUUGAGAGAUCAAUGGGCCGAGCUUCUAGUACAUUAUCUCCUGGACACAGGCACUUUGCUGCUCAGACAAAAGAGUUGAUAGCUGAAAUAGAGUUACUUGAAGAAGAGGUUGCAAACCGUGAACAGCAUGUUCUAUCUCUCUACAGAAGCAUAUUUGAUCAUUGUAUUAGCGGUGCACCUUCUGGUCAAAGCUCAGGCAUUACAUCUCCUGCCCACCCAAAGAAUGAAGUAAGAAAACACCCAAGCGUAAUCUCAAGUGCAUUUUGCUCCUCAACGAAAAAGUUUCCAUUGCAACCUUUCCAAGUUCUGGCUUCUAUAAAGGAAUCCAGGAAAAAGAACGUGCUGUUGCAUUCAAAGUCUAGACAUGCUUCACUUCUGAAUGGGAAAACUGACAUUCAUGUCAAGAACAAUUAUGCAGAUCCCAUUAAGGUUCAUGAAAAGGUACCAGGUAUGGAGAGAACAACUUUAACGCGUACCUUGAAGGACCAUCUCUACCACUGCCCAAGCAAAUUAUCUGAGGAUCUGGUCAGGUGUAUGGCUGCAAUAUAUUGCUGGAUACAAAGCACGACAUCUAUGAAGCCAGAAAAGAACCAUUCUCUUUUAUUGUCCAGAUCAUCAACUAGUGUUGUCCUCCCUAGACGUGGUAUUGUGGAGGACAGAGAUUUGUCUUGCAAAUCCAUGGUAGAAAUAUCUUGGAUAUCAACUGAUAAGAAUCAAUUCUCUCAUGCAUCUUAUCCUAUCAACAACUAUAGGGUUCUAGUGGAACAACUGGAGAGGGUCAAUGUGAAUCAAAUGGGAAGCAAUGCCCAAAUGGCAUUUUGGAUUAAUGUGUACAAUUCUCUUGUUAUGCAUGCAUAUUUAGCAUAUGGGAUUUCACAUGGUUCAAUGAGAAGGAUGGCCUUGUUUCACAAGGCUGCUUACAGCAUUGGUGGCCAUGUAAUUAGUGCAGAUGCCAUAGAGCAAUCUAUUUUCAGUUUCCGUACCCCUCGAAUUGGCAGGUGGUUUGAGACCAUACUUUCAACUGCCAUGAGGAAGAAAUCUGGAGAAGAAAGGCAACUCCUCAGUUCAAGAUUUGGCCUCCAAUGUUCUCAACCACUCAUCUGCUUUGCCCUUUGUACUGGAGCUUCUUCAGAUCCUGUGUUAAAAGUCUACACUGCAAAAAAUAUCAAGGAGGAGCUAGAAAUAGCCAAGAAGGAGUUUCUUCAAGCUAAUGUAAUGGUGAAGAAGUCAAGAAAUGUCUUUCUACCCAAACUGCUAGAUAGGUUCGCUAAAGAGGCCUCCAUCACCUCAGAUGAUCUUCUCAAGUGGGUUUCCCUGAAUGUCGAUAAGAAGCUCCAUGAUUCCAUUCGUAAAUGCACUGAUUGUAAAACAAAGAGGAAAACAUCACAGAUUGUAGAGUGGUUACCUUACAAUACAAGGUUCCGUUACAUCUUCUCAAAGGACUUAAUGGAGAAACCAUGGUGGGUAUAAACUUUUUGUGUUGAGCUGAUUGAGCUGUCUUUGCUGGGGGGGGAGAAAAUCAAAUACUAGAACUUGUUACGGACCUGCAAUCCUUCAAUGUAUAGAUUUUAUUCAAUCUGCAUGGUUCUACUCUGUACUUAAACCUGACUGUAGUGUUUUAACGGAACACAUACGACAUGAAUCACAUGUUAGAUAUCAUAGGCCAUCUUCUCAGA